UCACCACUCCCGGAGCCUGGUUUGGCCUCUCCGGCCAGUUGGUCGGAGCCAGCACAAUCUCCUCUGUAGCCAAAGCAGAGACUUAGCCGGCCUUACCGGCGCGGGUGCGAGACCGGCCGCGUUACAGCCCGCUAUUCUCUGGCUUGCGCCGGUGCAUCCGAGGGUGAAGCGGGGCGGGAAGCUCCCGGAGCGCGGCAGAGAAGCUGAGGUGGCUCCUGCAGUUGUGGGGAGGGCCUGCCCUUAGAGGAGUUUACGCCUGGAAAGAGAAAUUGCACAGCCCAGAUGCCCAUCCAGCCUCCAGGCAAAGAUCCAGAAGAGAUGGAAGCAGAGGGCGAUUCAGCUGCUGAGAUGAAUGGGGAAGAGGAUGAAAGUGAGGAGGAGCGGAGCGGCAGCCAGACCGAGUCAGAGGAGGAGAGCUCAGAGAUGGACGAUGAGGACUACGAGCGGCGCCGAAGCGAGUGCGUCAGUGAGAUGCUAGACCUGGAGAAGCAAUUCUCGGAGCUGAAGGAGAAGUUGUUCAGGGAACGGCUGAGCCAGUUGCGCUUGCGGCUAGAGGAAGUGGGGGCUGAGAGAGCUCCUGAAUACACGGAGCCUCUUGGGGGGCUACAGCAGAGCCUCAAGAUCCGCAUUCAGGUUGCAGGGAUCUACAAGGGCUUCUGUUUGGACGUGAUCAGGAAUAAGUAUGAGUGUGAGCUGCAGGGAGCCAAACAGCACCUGGAGAGCGAGAAGCUCCUGCUGUAUGACACACUGCAGGGGGAGCUGCAGGAGCGGAUCCAGAGGCUGGAGGAGGACCGCCAGAGCCUGGAUAUCAGCUCUGAGUGGUGGGAUGACAAACUGCACGCCAGAGGCAGCGCAAAGACCUGGGACUCACUGCCACCCAGCAAGAGAAAGAAGGCACCUCUUGUGUCUGGCCCUUACAUCGUAUACAUGCUGCAGGAGAUUGACAUCCUGGAGGACUGGACUGCUAUCAAAAAGGCAAGGGCAGCAGUGUCCCCUCAGAAGAGAAAAGCAGAUGGACCGUGACCCUGCUAUUCACAACCAGGGGUCCUUGGAGCAGCUUGCACCACACCCAAGGAUUCACAUUUUCCUGCAGAAAGGUAGAGAUUGCCUAGCCAGCUCUCCAGUGUUGCUGUUGGUCCCCUCUCCAGCCAUUGCUGGUCUGUACCCCUCCUCUGCCCUUCUUAGGGCCUGCACAGCUGUGGCCCUGAAGCUGACCUGACCAAGCAAGACUGUUGUCUCCAUCCCUGACCGGCCCACUACCUCCCCCUCCCAAAGAUGAGCCUCCUCAGUGUUCCCACACCGAAGAUGGGCCUUGUCUUCAGCCAAAGCAACAUUCCUCUUGCUGAUUGUGGACCCUGGUGUCCCAGCUACAGAGCCAGGGAUCAGGACUCCAUCACAGGGAAACUGAGCCAGAAAUUACAUGUUCGGGGCCUGUCCACUCUGGCUGGAGCUGGAGGUGACAGCACAGCUCUCCAGGUUUUCUCAGGGCCAUUCCUGUUGUCUGCCUCCUGGAUUUUGAAGAUUGGAAUUAAAACCUUUUCUGGGACUUUGGUGAAACCCAUGUGUAUCUGAUUUACCUUUCAAGGGAAUUGGUACUUUCAUAAGGAUCCCCUGAGAUAGUCAGUCUCUUCUGAAGUCCCUGUAGUUGGGGGUAUAGGCUGGGAAAGGGGAACUGGGCCCAGAACCGGAAACCACAUGUGGCUCAGGCGGAACACAUGAAGCACGUGCCUCAGGUG